AUGAUCGGGGGAUUAUUCGUAUACAAUCAUAAGGGGGAGGUGCUUAUAUCGAGGGUGUACCGGGACGAUAUAGGGCGGAAUGCUGUGGACGCAUUUAGAGUUAAUGUGAUCCAUGCUCGGCAGCAGGUCCGCUCACCGGUAACUAACAUCGCCCGUACUUCAUUCUUUCACAUCAAGAGAGCUAACAUCUGGUUGGCAGCAGUGACCAAGCAGAAUGUAAAUGCUGCUAUGGUCUUUGAGUUUCUAUUGAAGAUCAUUGAUGUGAUGCAAUCAUACUUUGGAAAAAUUUCUGAAGAAAAUAUCAAAAAUAACUUUGUGCUUAUCUAUGAAUUGCUUGAUGAAAUCUUAGACUUUGGAUACCCUCAAAACUCAGAUACAGGAGUUUUGAAAACUUUCAUCACACAACAAGGUAUUAAAUCUGCAUCUAAGGAAGAACAAGCACAAAUUACUUCACAGGUGACUGGGCAAAUAGGAUGGCGUCGUGAAGGCAUUAAGUAUAGACGUAAUGAGCUGUUCUUAGAUGUACUUGAGUAUGUCAACUUGCUGAUGUCACCACAAGGUCAAGUUCUUUCGGCGCACGUGGCGGGUAAGGUCGUGAUGAAGUCCUAUUUAUCUGGUAUGCCGGAGUGCAAAUUCGGUAUCAACGACAAAAUUGUAAUGGAAGCCAAAGGAAAAGGAAAUGGCGGCAUCUCCGGCAACACGGACAGCGACCCGGCGCGCUCCGGCAAGCCGGUGGUGGUCAUCGACGACUGCCAGUUCCACCAGUGCGUCAAGCUCAGCAAGUUCGAGACCGAGCACUCCAUAUCGUUCAUACCGCCCGAUGGAGAGUUUGAGCUUAUGAGAUAUCGUACAACAAAGGACAUCUCGUUGCCAUUCCGAGUGAUACCAUUGGUAAGAGAAGUAGGCAGGACCAAAAUGGAUGUCAAAGUUGUAUUGAAAUCUAACUUCAAGCCGUCCCUGCUCGGCCAAAAGAUUGAAGUAAAAAUCCCCACACCAUUAAACACUAGCGGUGUACAGUUGAUUUGUUUGAAGGGGAAGGCUAAAUAUAAGGCCUCUGAGAAUGCAAUUGUUUGGAAGAUCAAACGAAUGGCGGGUAUGAAGGAAACGCAGCUGUCAGCGGAGAUUGAACUACUUGAAACAGAUACUAAGAAGAAAUGGACGCGCCCGCCGAUUUCUAUGGGCUUUGAAGUACCGUUUGCUCCCUCUGGUUUCAAGGUGCGAUACUUGAAAGUGUUCGAGCCUAAACUGAACUACUCGGACCACGAUGUGAUCAAAUGGGUGCGUUACAUCGGACGCUCCGGGCUAUAUGAGACCAGAUGU